AUGGACCGUCGUCAUAUCGUAAAACAAAGUGUGAAAUAUUAUUCAAACAUAAUAAUUUCAUCAAUCAUAGAUGAACUAGAAGUUGAAAUAAGAAAAAGACAAAAACGGAUCUGGACAAAAAAAUGGUUACUUAGAAGGGAUACACAUGGCAAUUCAGUUGGUCUAUUAAGAGAGCUCGCAGUAGAAGAUCAAAUGGAAUACAAAAGGUUUAUGAGAAUAACACCUGUUCAAUUUGACUUUUUGUUAAAAAAUAUAAGACACCGAAUACAACGUGAAGAUACAGUCAUGAGACUUGCGAUACCUGCAAAAAUCAAAUUAGAAGUAACAUUAUCAUUUUUAGCAACCGGAAAUAGUUAUAGGAGUUUAUCUCACUUUUUCCGGGUUUCAAAACCAGCCAUUAGUGUGUUUGUUCCAGAAGUUUUGGACGCUAUGUAUGAUAUCCUUAAAGAUUAUAUAAAAGUACCUGUUACUCAUGACGAAUGGAAUAUUAUAGAAAGAGGUUUUAAUUCAAGAUGGAAUUUUCCGGGGGCAUAUGGCGCCAUAGACGGGAAACAUGUAAUGAUUCGUGCACCACCUGAUUGUGGCAGUGAUUUUUAUAACUACAAAGGGUCAAACAGUAUAAUUUUAUUAGCGGUUGUUGAUGAUGAUUAUUGUUUUAGCUAUAUUAAUGUUGGAGCUAAUGGGAGAUGCUCGGAUGGCGGUGUUUUCCAAAAUAGUUCUAUUUUAAAGGAUCUUGAAAAUGGCAUGUUACCAACUGGUGGUUUUUUUGUAGGAGAUGCAGCAUUUCCACUCAAAACGUAUUUAUUGAAACCUUACAAACACUCACCUCUGACGUACGAACAGAAGAUUUUUAAUUACAGACUAUCUAGGGCGCGGAGGAUAGUUGAAAAUGCAUUUGGCAUCCUAGUGUCCAGAUUUAGGAUUUUUGAAAAACCUAUUGGAACAGAUGUGUCCACAAUAGAUAAAAUCAUACGUACAGCUUGCGCUGUACAUAACUGGCUGAGGAAGACUUCAAAUAAUUAUUUAAUUAGAGACAAUGUAGACUAUGAAAAUGUAGACACUGGGGAGAUUAUACCAGGUACAUGGAGACAGGAAAACCUAACAUUAAUGCCAAGUAUUGACCGAGUAGGAAGUAAUCACUAUUCAAGACAGGCCAGAGAAAUAAGGGAAAAACUUAGUAAAUAUUUUGUAAACGAAGGUGCUGUCUCAUGGCAAUCCAGAAUGAUUCAUUGA